CAAGGAAAGCCAUUACAAAAAGAAUAAGCACGCUUUGGAUCCAGAUGACAUCAACUUUCGCUUCAAUUUUGGUGUGUUACAUGUUGAUGACAAAAACUGGUUCUAUCUCUUAUCGAUGAAUGGCCAGUCUUGGAAUGAUGAGCAUAUUGAUGUCAUUUUUUACUACUUGCGGAAGAAAGGCAAGUACGACAAGGCUAACAGUUUCAAAUUCACAACCGUUAACUGUAUGUUCUUCUCCAAAAUUGACGAAAUUCAUCGUGCAUAUGCUAAUCCGGAGGCGACCAGUAGUGUUGCCAGUUCGGAGAACGAAAUAUGCGAGUACAUUAAUGGGUAUAGGAUGCUGGCUAAUGUGCCAUGGCAUACAGUUGAUUGUGUACUCAUCCCUGUCAACAUCAAAGAGGAAAAUCAUUGGAUCUUGAUUGUAGUGCCAUUCACUGACAGGCGUCUGUACAUCUACAACUCAUACCGAGUUGCUGGUCAUGAUGCUGUUGUUAGAAGAGAAAUACGCAAGAUAGCUACCCUAUUGCCACAUCAUCUACAUUUGUCUGGAUUUUACGAGAAAAAAAAAGGCAUCGAUUGGAUUAACCACCCAUCAUACAAGGGCAAACAACAGACUGAUGACUUUGAUGUCAUGUAUGUGAACGACUUGCCACAACAAGCCUCUGGCAGCAUGGAUUGUGGUGUGUAUGUUGCCGCAUUUGCUGAAUACUUUUGUUCUGGACGAGGCGUUCCAUCUGAAAUUGACGCAGAAUUACUACGUAAUAGAUACGGGGCAUUACUAUGGGAAUACGGAUGGCAAAAGGCUGAUUUGAAUGCCUUCAGUGACAAUGAACUGCCACCAAGACCAGUUAGGCCUGCAAUAGAUUACAACGCGGUCGACACAGUAGUUGUUAAUUAGUCCACUAGGGUUUAAUGUUGAA